AUGCGAGUCUCCAUUGCUCCUGUAAUUCUCUUCGCCUCUCUGGCAUCUGCGGCCCCGCAAUGGAGUGAUCAUUACAAACGCGAGGUUCCCACGCCCUCACCCGAACUGGUUCAGCGCCAGGAGUCUUUCGUACCACCACCCCCAUUCGCAGCUGUCCGAAGACAGGACAGUGCUGUAUGGUACGCUCCUGGAGGCAAACGCGAGGCUCCCACACCCGCGCCCGAACUGGUUCAGCGCCAGGAAUCUUUCGUACCACCCCGAUUCGCACGUGCAACUCCAGUCGCAGAAGCAGCUGUCCGAAGACAAGAAUCAAUCCUCAAACCAACUAAACGCGAGGUUCCCCCUACACCCGCGCCUCAAGCUCCAGGGAAGAGACAGAAUGCCCCACGCCAGCACACUGACCCGCCGGAGACUAUUCAACUCCGCGGUAUGCCUAGAGCAGCGGAUCCUGAGCCCACCGAUCCUCCCAGUCCCUGCGACAAGGCGGAACCAGCCAAAAUCAAGCCCCGAACUGAAGAGGAAGAACCCACCGACCCUCCCAAAGCCAGGGACAACACAGACACCAACCCCAUCCUGAAAGCCCUAUCAGGAACCUACUCCCUAGUAAACACAUCCAGCUCCCGCAACGGCGAACCCAUCCCCGACCUCCCGUACGGCAAAGCCCCCGUCGGCCUGCUCAUCUACACAGAAUCCGGCUUCAUGUCCGCCACCAUCACAGCCACUGAACCUGAAUUCCGACCUAACCUCACCUUCCCAUACCAGCCUGACGACUCAGAUGCCGAUUGGGCGCUCGUCGGCAAGCACAGCAUUGGGUACGCGGGCCCGUACAGCGUUAACGAGGAGAUACCUGCGACGGAGACGGAGGGCCAGAUUUUCCAUGGCCCGCUUACUGUGGCGAAUGUGCCGACUUGGGAGGGGCAGAAGGGGAAGAGGAAUUAUACGAUUGUUGAGGUGGAGGAGAAUGGGGAAGAAGUUAAGUAUCUGAAGAUUGGAAGUGAGCGAGGUAAUGGGUAUAGGGGUAUCCUCUGGUGGAAGAAGGUUGAUUAG